CAGAAGGUGGCGAUAAUGAGUUUAAACGCCAUGACGACUAACUUCGCCCAAAAGCCGAAGAAGCGCGUGCACAAAGCGGACGUGGAAUUUUUUCAGCUUCCUUUUUCUCGCGCAGCUCGCCGAAAGCCUCAUCAUGCCACCUAAGGACAGCAAACAGAAGAAGGAUACGUCCAAGGCCAAAAAGGACAAGGAUCCAGUCAACAAAUCUGGAGGCAAAGCAAAAAAGAAGAAGUGGUCCAAAGGAAAGGUGAGGGACAAGCUCAACAACCUGGUCCUCUUCGACAAGGCGACUUAUGACAAGCUUUACAAAGAAGUCCCUAACUACAAGCUCAUCACUCCUGCUGUGGUGUCUGAGAGGCUGAAGAUCAGAGGCUCCCUGGCCAGGGCAGCCCUCCUCGAACUGCUCGGCAAAGGUAUGAUCAAGCUUGUGUCAAAACACAGGGCUCAGGUGAUCUACACACGCAACACCAAGGGCACUGAUGAGGGAGCACCUGAGAAGGAUGCAUAAAAAGGAUCCUCUCUGGCUCAUCAAUGUGUUUUGUAUAGUUCAAUAAACAACAAAAAUGGA